AUGGCGUUAUUCUCUGGUAUGUCUAUUAGGGGGCCCCAUAAGGACCCCCAAAACAGCAACAACAGCAGCAGCAACAACAACAGGGGGGCCCCUCCCCAGCAGCAGAAGGUACCUGACAACACUGCAGCUCCAGGAGGGGGACCCCAUGGAGCACAGGCUCCACCAGGAGCAGCAGUAGCACAGCAGCAGCAGCAGCAGCAGCAGAAAGUUCCUGCAGCAGCAGCAGCAGCAGCGCCUGAAGGCAAUGCCUUCACCAGGGCGGCAUCUUCUGCAUUUUCUUUUCUCUUUAAAGGAGGAUCGGAUACUGCCUCCCGCCCUGUCCAGCCGCAGCAGCAGCAACCAGCAGCAGCAGCAGCAACAGCAGCAGCAGGAGCAACAGCACCAGCUAGAGCGCCAGCAACAGCAGCAGCACGUGCAAAGGCUCCUGCAACACGUGGAGGGUAUCGACCUCCAGAGGGGCCCGCUUUCUUUGGGGGGGCCCCCGACAUGCAUCAUCCCUCGCAUGCAGCAGCAGGAAGCAGCAGACUGCAGCAGCAGCAGCAACAGCAACAGCAAUCGCAGUACGUUCAGCAGCACCGACUGCCGCACCAGCUGCAGCAGCAGCCGCUGCAGCAGCCCCAUCAUCAGCAGCAGCAUUACGCCGCACCGCAGCACCAGCCGCAGCAGCAACACCAGCAGCAGCAACAGCAGCAGCGCAACUGGGGCAGCAGUUCAAUGGGGGCCCCUGUAGGGGGUACAGAUGAUGCUUUAGAGUUGCUGCAGCAUGCCCUGCAAAAGGGUACCAGGGGCCCCCUGGGGGGCCCCUCUCCUAGUGAAGCAUUACCUGACGGUCUUUUUCUUUAUAAUGAAGCAUCUGCAGUAUCAGGGGGGCCCCCACUGUACCCUGGGGGCCCCCCCACGUACCCUGCGGGGGGCCCUCUGUACCCUGGGGGGCCCCCCACCUCGGUGCCGCUGCCGCAGCCCUCCAAUAUUCAAAGGAAACCAAAACGCUCAGUCGUCCCUGGCUUAGCGGGCUGGCAGCAGCAGCAGCAGCAGCAGCAGCAAAUGCAGCAGCAGCAGAUGCAGCAGCAGCAAAUGCAACAGCAGAUGCAGAUGCAGAUGCAGAUGCAGCAGGAGCAACAAAUGCAACAGCAGCAGCAGCAGCAGCAAAUGCUGGAGAUGCAACAGCAAAUACAGCAGCAACAAGAGCAGCAGCUGCAGCAGCAGGAGCUGCAGCAUCAACAGCAGCACGAAGAUGGACAGCCUAUUGCCGGCCAUCAAACAGAGCCUCUUCAUCCGCAGCAGCAGCAGCAGCAGCAGCAAGUGCAGCAGCAGCAAGUGCAGCAGCAGCAGCAGCAGCAGCAGCAGCACAUUAAUGCCUCCGAUGCCCGUUUUUUUUCUGGUUGUUGCACAACAAUGCCUCCUUCUCCUUCAGCCUCCCGUGCAGCAGCAACACCAGCAGCAGCAGAACCUGCUGCUGCUGCUGCUGCUGCUGCUGCUGCUGCUCCUCGUCUUGCUGCUGUUAAUUUUUCUUUAUUUAACGAAGCAGCAGCAAGAAAGACAGGAGAAUUAGAAAGUUUUUAUUUUAUUUGCCGCAGCAACGCGCAGCAGCAGCAAAAAGAAAUUAUGAAUAAACUUCUUGCUGCUGCUGCUGAGGAAGCACAGCUGCAGCAGGAGGCUGCAGCACUGCGACAGGAGCAGCAGCAGCUGCUGCAGCAGCAAGAAGAAGCUGUUGCAGUAGAAGACUUUGCUGCUGCAGCAAAUGCAGAUGAACGACUGCAGCAAACAGCAGAAGAGCUGAGCUCAGUGCAGCUGCGCUCUCUGCAUAUGAAGCAGCAACAGCAGCAGCUGCUGCAGCAGCUAGCGAGCAUCGCGGAUCAUUUGCAGCAGCAGCUGGUGGAUCUGCAGCAGCAGGCAACUGGAGAACGGGAACAACUGCAGCAGCAGCUGCAGCAGGAGCUGCAGCAGCAAACAGAACUACAGAGCCGAUUAAGAGAUGAAAUAGAGGAGCGGUUGCAGCAACUACAACAGGAAGCAGCCGGUUAUGAGGAGGCAGCAGAAGCAGCAGCAGCAGCAGCAGCAGCAGCGGAGGAAAAGAUGAAGAAGACACAGAGCGAAGAAGCAGAGACAUUGGCAGCAUUGGAGCAGCAGCGAGUAGUGCUGCAGCAGCAACUAGAGGAGACAAAGAAGCAGCUGCUGCAGCUUGAUGAGGCUGUAGCAGCAGAAAGGGCACGGGUAGAAAGGGCAUCAGCUGAGGCGGCGGCGGAGGAGAUGCGUUCCCGGCAGCAGCAACAGCAGCUGCAGCAGCAGCAGCAGCAGACAGCCAUGGAGAUGGAACAGCUAAAUAGCCAACUGCAGCAAUUAGAGGAAGAAGAAAUUAUUUUAUCCAAGGCUAAGGAAGAAGAGCUACUGCAGGAGUUGGGCCGCCAACAAAAAGAGCUGCAGCAGCAGCAGCAUGAGGCGCAGCAACAGCGGCUGUCUCUUUGUGGGGAGCAGCAACAGCUGGAGUUGCUGCUGCCUGUGCUGCAGCAAGAGAAGCAGCUGUCUAUACACUCGAGGGACUUCAAGACAGCAGCCUCUCUAGCUGAGAAAAUACAAGAGUGCUCAGGGAAGAUCGACAGCCUGAAGACGAAGUCGGCUGAAUUGGAGGCGCAAAGAGCGCAACUAGCAAAUUGCCUGUCUGAGUUGGGUGCUGAGUUCUCUGCUGCAACAGCAGCAGCAGCAGAAGUAGAGGCAAAGGCAGCAGCAAGAAUAUUAUUAUCUGCACAAUAUAUGGAGAAAAAGAUUCAAAAAUUAAGAGCUAAAUGCCCUGAUGAUAGAGACCAGCGACUAGCAUUGAGCCUGGAGGAGGAGGGCAACAUGCUGCAGCAACUAGUGGAGUUGCUGCGGCCAGGAGCAACAGCAGCAGCAACAGCAGCAGCAACAACAACAGAGGGAUCUGACGUCUCUCUUUCAGGAGAGAGCGACGACGACAGCAGCAACAGUAGCAGCAGCAGUAGCAGCAGCAGCAGCAGCAGCAGCAGCAGCGAUACGACCGGAGAUGCAGCAGAAACAGAUAGUAACAUAAAAACAGAAAAAGAAGAAAUAAAGAAAGACGGUCAACACACACCAAGAACGGAUACAGGGACACACGCAGCAGCAGCUGCUGCUGCUGUUGCUGCUGCUGCUGCUGCAGUAGCGGCCGCCGAAGAGGCAACGGGCGCCCCAAUGGCGACUGAUGCAGCAGCAGACGGCGCCGCCAAUGCAACAGAAGCAGCACAAGAAGAUGCAGCAGCUACAGCAGCUACAGCAGCAGCAGCUGCAGCAAGUACAGCAGCAGCAGGAAGCGAUGAUACUUCUUCUGGCGCAGGUAGCCAAGAGGGACCCGCAGAUAGUGCAGCUGCGGAAGAUGUACCUGCUACAGGAGCAGCAGCAACAGCAGCAGCAGCAGCUGUUGCUGCUGCAACGGCCGCAGCCAUAGAUGGCAUAGCUGCUCCCCAUGAGUCAUCUGCUGGCGACGAGCCGUCCCUGGAAAAGCAGCAGCAGCAUGAGCAGCAGCAGCAUGAGCAGCAGCAGCAUGAGCAGCAGCAGGAGCGACGGCAGGAGGAGCGACAGCAGCAGCAGCGACAACAGCAGCAGGGAUCUGCUGCAGCAACUGGAGGGCUAUUUGCUGGACUGGCGCUCAAGGCUUCCGGACCCUCGAAAACUUUGCUGCAGCCGGAGCAGCAGCAGCAGCUGCUGCACCAACAGCAGCAGCAGGGCAAUGGAGUCUAUCAAGCUGCAGAAGCAACGGCACCAGGACCAGGGGAGGCAGAAGCAGCAACGGCAACAGCAGCCGCAACACCUGAUGCAGCGGGGGGCGCAGCAACGGAAACAGCAAGGAAGGAGCAGCAAAUAACUGCAGCAGAAGAAGCAGACGACAAGCGGGAGGCUGCUGCUGCCGCGGAGACGCGCAACGCUGAAACAGCAGCAACAGCAGGUACCGUGGCAGCAGAGAGAGAGGAAGCUGCAGCAGGAGAGGCAGCUGCAGCAGAAACAGCCGAGAAGGCAGCUCCAGAGCGAGUAGCAGGAGAGGCAGCAGCAGCAGAGGCAGCAGCAACAGAGGCAGCAGCAGCAGAGGCAGAAGCAGAAGCGCCUGUCGCAGCAGCUGCUGCUGUUGCUGCAGUUGAAUCUGCUGCGGAGUCUGCAGCGCCCGAAAUACCAACGGACACAGCUGCAGCAGCAGGUGCAGCAGCAGCAGCAGCAGCAGAUGCAGCAGCAGCAGCAGAUGCAGCAGCAGCAGCAGAUGCAGCAGGCACAGAGGCUGCAGCGGAAGCCGAUAAUCUUUAG